AUGCCGCACUCGUUCGGUAAAAGAGCUCGUACAAGAGACAAGUUCUCCAAGGCGUUCAGACGCAGUGGAAUGCCCUCGGUUGGACGUUACCUACAACAGUUCCACGUAGGAGACUAUGUCGACAUUCUGUGUGACCCAUCCGUACACAAGGGUAUGCCAUACUCAUACUACCAUGGCAAAACAGGAAUGGUAUACAACAUCACCCCAAGGGCUUUGGGUGUCAUCAUCAAAAAAGUAGUACGUGGAAAGCAGCUGCUCAAGCGUAUUCACGUCCACAUCGGACACGUUCGUAAGAGCCGUUGCCGUGAGGAUUUCUUGAAACGUGUUGCUAUUAACGACGAGCUUAAGCGCAAGGCCAAGUUAGAAAACAAAAAGAUACAGGUCAAGAGACAGCCAGCCCCGGUAGCACCAGGCUACAUUGUUAAGGCUGCACCAGAGGCCGUCAUAGCCAUGGAACCAGUGCAUUUCGUUGAAAGGUACUGA